AUGGAGCUCAAGCCCGGCAUGUCGGCGCUCGUCACCGGCGGCGCCUCCGGCAUCGGGAAAGCACUUUGUAUUGCUUUUGCAAGGAGGGGUUUAUUUGUGACUGUCGUUGAUUUCUUAGAGGAAAAUGGAAGAGAAGUUGCUACAUUAGUUCAAAAAGAAAACAGCAAAUUUCAUGGAGAUCUUAGAGUUCCGUCUUCUUUAUUUGUUAAGUGUGAUGUUAGUAAUGCAGAUAAUCUUGCUGCUUGUUUUGAGAAGCAUGUACACACUUACGGUGGACUAGAUAUCUGCAUCAACUGUGCUGGAAUUGGCAAUAAAACACUAGUUUAUGAUGAUACAUCUGAUGGAACUAGAACAUGGAGGCAUGCUGUUAAUGUGAACCUUGUUGCUGUCAUUGAUGGUACUCGCAUUGCAAGUCAAAUAAUGCGAGGCCAAAAGAAGCCUGGUGUCAUAAUAAACAUUGGUUCAGCGGCAGGUCUUUAUCCUAUGUUCUUUGAUCCCAUAUAUAGUGCGACAAAAGGGGGUGUGGUUAUGUUUACAAGAUCACUUGCUCCAUUGAAACGCCAUGGUGUUCGUGUCAAUGUGCUCUGCCCAGAGUUUGUCCAAACCAAUAUGGCAGAACAAAUGAGCCGCAAAAUUAUAGAUUCAACUGGUGGAUAUUUGAAGAUGGAAGAUGUUGUUAAUGGCGCAUUUGAGCUUAUACAGGAUGAGAGCAAGGCUGGUGCUUGCCUUUGGAUAACGAAACGACGAGGGAUGGAAUACUGGCCAACGCCAGAAGAACAAAGAAAGUAUAUGGUGAAUCCUAACAAAUCAAAAAGGAUGCUGACAAAUAAUAUAUAUCCUAGCAUCCGAAUGCCUGAAUUCUUUGAGAAGAUAGUUGUUCACACACUCAGCCAUAAUUUUCGCAACGCUACAAGACUUGAGCGUGUGCAACUGAGAUUUCCUAUCAAAGCACGUAGUGCUCUGGUUAAAAUAAUAUAUGCUGGUGUAAAUGCUAGUGAUGUCAACUUCAGUUCAGGACGUUAUUUUAGUGGUAAUCCUAAAGAAAUGGCUUCACGCCUUCCAUUUGAUGCUGGUUUUGAAGGUGUGGGAAUUGUUGCCGCUGUCGGAGAUUCAGCCAGUCAUAUCAAAGUUGGCACUCCCGUGGCCCUUAUGACUUUUGGGAGCUAUGCUGAAUUCACGGAGGUUCCAGCCAAACAUCUUCUUCCAGUGCCAAGACCGGACCCUGAGGUUGUUGCUAUGUUGACAUCAGGACUGACUGCUUCAAUUGGUCUUGAAAAGGCAGGACAAAUGACAUCUGGGCAAGUUGUUUUAGUGACAGCAGCUGCUGGUGGAACAGGACAAUUCGCCGUUCAGCUGGCGAAACUAGCAGGCAACAAGGUUGUUGCCACAUGUGGAGGUGAAAGCAAAGCUGAACUUCUGGCUUCCUUAGGAGUUGAUCGUGUUAUCAAUUACAGAAAUGAACGAGUCAAAGAUGUUCUGAAGAAAGAGUUUCCAAGAGGUGUAGAUAUCAUAUAUGAAUCUGUAGGUGGGGAGAUGUUUGACUUGUGCUUGAAUGCACUUGCAGUCCAUGGGCAUCUCAUUGUAAUUGGUAUGAUCUCCCAGUAUCAAGGAGAGGAUGGCUGGAAGCCAAAGAACUACACUGGACUAUGUGAGAAGAUUCUGGCUAAAAGUCAAACUGUGGCUGGAUUUUUCCUUGUUCAAUAUGCUCACCUGUGGCAAGAUCAUCUUAACAAACUUUUUGACUUGUAUGCCUCUGGAAAGCUAAAGGUUUCCCUUGACCCCAAGAAAUUCGUGGGCGUUGCUUCAGUCCCAGAUGCAGUCGAAUACCUUCAUUCUGGCAAGAGCGUUGGCAAGGUCAUUGUGUGUAUUGAUCCAUCAUACAGUCAGAUUGUUGCGAAAUUAUAA